AGACACACAUGUAUACACUUAAAUUAGUACUCUUUACUUAAACAAUUCUUUAGCAGUUUAGCAUAUGUGCUCUGCAUAUUUAGCAGUUUAGUAUAUUCUCAUUUUUAGUCUGCUCGUAUAAAUUAUCAAAAGAAGGGAGAAGAUAAUUUGGAUUUGCCAUGGCGGCGGCAGAAGUAGCAGAAACAUCGGCCUCGGAAUCCGUAAAGCACGCAGCCCGAGGAGAUAUGAGUGGUGCAGAAGCAGAGGCUGGGGAUUGCAGCUUAAAAGGAACUGCAAGUGUUUCUGAUGCUCAGCCAGAAUCACAGCCACAGCCACCCGUGUCAACUUCAGAAGAUAAUCAUCAGAAAUUAGGGAGCACGCCUGAUAGAGCUUCAGUCCAAAUGGCCGAAUGCAAUGGUGGAGAUUAUGUGGGGAUUAAUGAAGUUACUUUACCAAGGCUCGACAGAACGAAUAAGGUGUCACUUAUACCCCUAAUUUUCCUCAUCUUUUAUGAAGUAUCUGGAGGACCUUUUGGUGUUGAAGACAGUGUUGGGGCAGCUGGUCCAUUUCUAGCUCUAUUAGGUUUUGUAGUAUUUCCGCUCAUAUGGAGCGUUCCUGAGGCUCUAAUAACUGCUGAGAUGAGUACAAUGUUUCCAGAAAAUGCUGGUUAUGUAGUUUGGGUUUCAACUGCUUUGGGUCCCUAUUGGGGGUUUCAGCAAGGUUGGAUGAAAUGGCUGAGUGGUGUUAUCGAUAAUGCUUUGUACCCGAUUUUGUUUCUUGACUAUUUAAAGUCGGGGAUCCCAGCUGUAGCUAGCGGUAUUCCAAGAGUUGCAGCAGUGUUGGUUUUGACAGUAGUUCUUACUUACAUGAAUUACAGAGGUAUGACUAUAGUGGGUUGGGUUGCUAUUUUACUAGGUGUUUUCUCCAUCCUUCCUUUCAUAGUAAUGGGAUUUAUCUCAAUUCCGAAGAUACAGCCUUCAAGAUGGUUGGUGGUAGAUCUACAUGAUGUUGACUGGAGUUUGUAUUUGAACACACUUUUCUGGAAUCUUAACUAUUGGGACUCUGUAAGUACACUUGCUGGGGAGGUGCACAACCCGAAGAAGAAUCUGCCAAAAGCCCUGCUCUAUGCUCUUAUUAUGGUUGUUCUUGGCUACAUCUUUCCUCUCUUGGCUGGCACUGGUGCUAUUCCACUUCAACGUGAUUCGUGGACUGACGGUUACUUCUCAGAUAUUGCUAAAAUAUUAGGUGGAGUAUGGUUGCGAUGGUGGAUCCAGGCAGCUGCUGCAAUGUCAAACAUGGGAUUGUUUAUGGCUGAAAUGAGCUGUGACUCUUUCCAACUUCUUGGUAUGGCAGAACGAGGCAUGCUUCCUGCAUUCCUUGCCAAGAGAUCUCGUCAUGGAACUCCUUUAAUCGGGAUCCUGUUUUCAGCCUCUGGAGUGCUGCUGCUAUCAUGGCUGAGCUUUCAGGAGAUAAUUGCUGCAGAAAACUUCUUGUAUUGUUUUGGGAUGAUUUUAGAGUUCAUAGCCUUUAUCCGAAUAAGAAUUAAGUAUCCAGCUGCUUCUCGACCAUACAAGGUACCUUUGGGAACAGCUGGAUCCAUUCUUAUGUGCAUUCCUCCGACAGCAUUGAUUUGUGUUGUUUUGGCCCUUUCUUCCCUCAAAACAUUCCUUGUUAGCAUGGUCGCUGUCAUCAUUGGGCUAGUGCUUCAGCCUUGCCUAAAGCGUGUUGAGAAAAAGAAACUGCUGAAAUUCUCUACAAGUUCUGAUCUCCCAGAUUUUGAUGGUGUCGCGAACAAUAACACUCAACCAGCCGAGUCCUCAGCUCUUUAGAUAUUCCGGCUCUUGUACAAAGUGCAGUCCUAGUAUUCUGCAGAAAGUUGGCUGAUUCGCAAAGGUAUACACUCAGUGCUAAGUCUAUCUUGCUACAAUAGUGAACGCAAUUAAUAGCAACUUUGUCUUACUUAUGUCCAUCAUGUUGUUUUACAAGUACUUAAUCUUUCCUUCAUCUUGUACAUUAGCCUUUGUAGAGGUGAAGAGCCUACAAUUAUGUAGACAGAUUUACCUAUUAAAUGUUUCAAAAGGGUAAACUAAUUGUGUCUUGCUUCUAUUGUGAAAAUUAUGACAAAAUGGGAUUUAUUAUUCUUAA